GCGGCGCGCGAAUCUGGCGCUUCCCGUCACAUCCUGGUCAUCUGAGCUUUAAAAAAAAAAAACGGAUGUGAUUGGACGCGGCCCAUUAGUCAGAUCCUCCUUUAUUAUUCUAAUGACCAUUUGAACCAUGUGGCCAAUGAGUCAGAGCGCGGCGGCGGGUUCGUGCCACACUGCAGCAUCAUCACCUCCAGCAUCAGCAUCAUCAUCAGCAUCAGCGAGGUGCGGCCGAUCGUGGCCUCCCAACAUUUCCCAGAGAUCCUCCCACUCAGCCUAAUGUCUAUUUAUACGGCUCGGGUCCAGUGAGUCGGGAGCGAGCGCGAGCAACGCAGAGCUCCGCCGAGAGGGACCCACCUGCCUCCCUGGUGCCUGGUGCCCGCUCUGGCUGCCACCAUGCCCCUCCUGGAAGAAAGCUCUCAGCCCAGGGACCACCCCGUCACUGUUCCAGCAGUCAUCAUUGGGAAUGGACCAUCUGGAAUUUGCCUGUCCUACUUACUCAGCGGCUACACACCGUACCUGGACACCGGAGUGGUCCACCCAAACCCGGUCCUCUUCAGGAAGCUGCAGGAGAUGAAACACGUUGCCAUUACUGAGCAAGAUUUCGAGUACCUGAGUGAGGGUUUGGAAGGACGGUCGUCCAACCCGGUGGCUGUCCUGUUUGACACGUUGCUGCAUCCCAACGCCGACUUCGGCUACGAGUUCCCACCCGUUCUCCAGUGGAGGCUGGAGAGCCAGCGGCGCGUCCCCCACCUGGUGCUGGGCCGGGCAACACCUGGCGGCGCCUGGCACGCGAUGGAGGGUUCCAUGCUGACCAUCAGUCUGGGCAUCUGGAUGGAACUCCCUGGGGUGAACUACAGAGACCCGACUGCAGGGAAGCGCAGGGGUGGAGCCAAUGACAGGGCCACUCCGGAGGAGAUCUCCUCCUACUACAGCAACUACGUGAAGCUCAUGGGCCUCCAGAACAAUUUUGUGGACAACACAUAUGUGACAUCCGUUCAGAAGCUGCACAGGGACCGCGAGGGCAAAGAGGACCUGGUCAACAGCGAGAAGGAGCUGGAGGUGAAGAACGGCCCCGACGUGUUCCCCCAGGGACUUUGGGAAGUACGGGGCUAUCAGACGGUUCAGGGAGAUGCCCACGUGCCUUUCAGCCUCUUCGCAGAGAACGUGGUUCUUGCCACCGGUGCCUCGGACUCUCCGGCCAGGCUGGGGGUGGAAGGGGAGGACCUCCCUUUCGUCUUUCACAGCCUAUCGGCAUUGGGGACGGCCAUCAGGGAGCGGGGCUUGGGCCGGGGGUCUGACCCGUUGCUCAUCGUCGGGGCGGGGCUUACCGCAGCCGAUGCAGCUCUGUGUGCCCACGGCAACGGCGUCGCCGUGAUGCACGUCUUCAGAAAACGGGUGGACGACCCUGGGCUGAUCUUCAAGCAGCUGCCCAAGACGCUCUACCCCGAGUAUCACAAAGUCUACCAGAUGAUGUGCUCGCAGACCCACAGUGUUGCAGGAGCGGGCCUGUUCCCAGACUACACCAGCUUCCCCGAGCACUACAUCGUCUCAUUCCAGCCCGACAUGAAGUGCGUCUUAAGGAACGGCAGCAACGUGAAGGUCUUCAAGAUCUCCACGGCCUUGGUGCUCAUCGGCACUAACCCCGAUCUGUUUUUCCUCAAAGACCAAGGCCAGUACCUUGGCCUUGACCCAAACAAGCCCAUAUCCUGCAAGCAGAACCCGAUUGACAUCAACCCCUACACAUUUGAGUGCAGAAAGGAGCCCACGCUCUUCGCCAUGGGCCCCCUCAUCGGCGACAACUUUGUGCGGUUCCUGAAGGGCGGCGCCCUUGGUAUUGCCAGCUGCCUCAUGAAGAGACAGAAGAAGAAGGGGGAGUUGAUCGCAGAUGGCGGUGGGGGUGGGUUAGCCUGAGGAUAGACUGGGAGGCUUUUUAGAAAUGCUGUAAGGGGGGGGACACGAGACAGUGCCAUGCUCAACGCUUUCUGAAACAUGUGCAUCUAUUUUACAUGAGAAAAACAAAAACCCUUAAAAACUUGAACGCUUUAGUUAUGCAAGUGACGCACAAAACAAAUCCUUGAGAACUAAUCAGUGACACUGUGAAUGAGUAAUGAUACCUGGACUGUGGGCUUGUGGUUGUAGGGUACCAGAUGGUCGACCAAGGAGUCUCUGCUGCUGCUGCUGUUGCUUUUGGCUGAUUCACUGCAAUGUGCUACUGGCCCCAACAGACACCUUCAUGUAGAGGUCAACACGAAUAAGGAAAAAAGAAAAUACAAAAACAUACCUAAGGACAACUAAAAAGUCAAACUUUAUUUUAGAAUUAAUCUACAACUGUACAGUUCCAAACUGUUAUGCUUUCAGUUCCCAAGUGUCCACACCUUUUCUCCAAAACGAACAGAUUCCAGCUCUGCUAGUGCUUCCUUUUGUAAUACAGCAGAUUGCAAAUAAUGCUUUUCUACACAAAUAUAUAUUUGGCAAGAAGUAGAACUUAUAUUUACAGAUGAGAGAAGCAAUGGAAGUUGCACUUUUUAAACGGCUAUUACACAUUUCUACGUUCUUCUGAGUAGCUGUGCCCGACCGGAAGGUGGAAGGAAAUUAUCAGCGAAGGUCACGGAUCGAAUGGAAGAGUUAUGAACUAUUUGCGAGUAGGACUGCGUUCUGUGCACCAUAUGCAUAUCGUCCUAUGUGAAGUCCCAUCUUUUACACAGCUGCAGCGGAAACCUUUAUCGAGGGGCUGGCGCCACCAAGUGCUUUAAAGGUCGGCUGGAAGGAAACCAGUCUUUGGCCGUUGGAAGCAUUCGCUGGAGUCAGACAUGUAGUGCAGGAUUAACUCUGUGUAGAAGAGGCCCUGUACGACCCAACGUCAGUGGAUCAUUAACCAGGUUUACUAACCCGUGCUAUUUAACCAGGUUCAUAUUAUCACUUUGACUUUGAGUUGCUUUGUUCAUGGGGAAGUGUGAUUCGUCUUUCAAGUACAAUUCAGAUGAGGUAUUAAUGUUUUGUACAUAGUACUUUUUUAUUAUGAACAAAUAAAACAUUUUAAAAUAUUGUUUUUUGACGUUUUUG